AUGAGCGCAGAAAGGAGCAACAUGUCCGCCGUGCAGCUGCUUCGGGUGUCGGUACAUGAGCGGAUCAGCGCUGCCGCUGAAGACUUUCUGCUGCAGGUGGAGGAAGGAGGAGGAAAGGCUCAAGUCCCGGAGCUGAGAGCGAUGCUCACCGAGCGGCUAACGGCGGCGGCUGAGGAGAUCCUCGCGGUGCUUGAGGAAACCGUGGCCGAGUACGAGGACCGAGUGGAGCAGUCCGAGCUGGAGAUCUGCCGCCAGAGGAGGCUGCUCGAUGCCGUGAUGCAGCCCGAAGUCCGGCUGGACAGAUCAGACAUCUUAGAGCUGGUGGUGAGUAAAGAAGAGGUUCCCUGGGAGCAGCAGCAGUGGAGCCCACUUGUGGACCAGGAGGACCCAGAGCCCCCCCACAUUAAAGAGGAACUGGAGGAACCGUGGACCAAUCAGAAGGGAGAGCAGCUUAAACAACUGGAGGAGGCUAAUAGGAAGUUCACAUUGACUCCUGUCGCUGUGAAGAGUGAAGAAGAAGAAGAGAAACCUCAGUUGACACAGCUUCAUCAGAGUCAGACUGAGGAGAACAGAGCAGACUGUGGAGGCCCAGAACCAGCCAGGAGCUCGGGUCCUGAUGGACAUUUACAACCAGGUCCGGAGGACAAGACUGAAGACUCUUUUGAGACUGAAGACAGUGAGGAUGAUUGGAUUCCGAACAGUGAACCUGGGCCUGGCUUAAAUAUAAGAAAGAACAAACAGCCUCUAAGUGAUAGAUGUACAACUGAUAGGAAACCCUUUAGUUGCUCUGAGUGUGCUAUAAGAUUUUGUCAUAAGAGUGCUCUUACUGAACAUAGUAGAACUCAUACAGGAGAGAAACCAUUUUGUUGCACCCAGUGUGGUAAAAGAUUUAGUCGUAAGAGCACUCUUACUAUACAUAGGAGAACUCAUACAGGAGAAAAACCAUUUAGUUGCUCUCAGUGUAGUAAAAGAUUUAGUCAUAAGAGCACUCUUAAAGUACAUAUGACAAUUCAUACAGGAGAGAAACCAUUUAGUUGCUCUCAAUGUGAUAAAGUAUUUAGCCAAAGUGGCCAUUUAACUACACACAUGAGAAGUCAUUCAGGAGAGACGCCCUUUGAUUCAGUGGUUCUCAGACUUUUUCUGGGAUUAGUGCAGUUCAUCAGCUGUUUCUGCUGCCUGGCCGUCAUCAUCAGCGCAGAAAGAUGUCUCAGGUCCGAUUGGUGGUUACACAAGGGAAGCCUCAGGAUACAGGACCAGUCUUUUCUGUUACGGCCCCAGUGGAAGUCUGCUCAGAGCGUCCGCAUUCGUGUGGUCUCGGCCUGCCUUGUAGACAAUUGUAUGUGUACGGCGCUCUUUGUUAAGGCCUCUGCCUUCGCCUCUCUGACCCUUGUGCAGCUGCUGCGGGUGUCGGUACAUGAGCGGAUCAGCGCUGCCGCUGAAGACUUCCUGCUGCAGGUGGAGAAAGAAGGAGGAAAGGCUGAAGUCCCGGAGCUGAGAGCGAUGCUCACCGAGCGGCUAAUGGCGGCGGCUGAGGAGAUCCUCGCAGUGCUUGAGGAAACCGUGGCCGAGUACGAGGACCGAGUGGAGCAGUCCGAGCUGGAGAUCUGCCGCCAGAGGAGGCUGCUCGAUGCCGUGAUGCAGCCCGAAGUCCGGCUGCACAGAGCAGAUAUCUUGCAAGUGGUGGUGAUUAAAGAAGAGGUUCCCUCUGAGCAGCAGCAGUGGAGCCCACUUGUGGACCAGGAGGACCCAGAGCCCCCCCACAUUAAAGAGGAAGUGGAUAUACUGUGGACCAAUCAGAAGGGAGUGCAGCUUCAACAACUGGACCAGGCUGAUAUGAAGUUCACAUUGACUCCUGUCGCUGUGAAGAGUGAAGAAGACGAAGAGAAACCUCAGUGGACACAGCUUCAUCAGAGUCAGACUGAGGAGAACAGAGCAGACUGUGGAGGCCCAGAACCAGCCAGGAGCUCAGGUCCUGAUGGACAUUUACAACCAGGUCCUGAGGACAAGACUGAAGUCAGGGAUGAUGUUUGGAUUCCGACCAGGGAACCUGGGCCUGGCUUAAGUAUAAGAAAUAACAAACAGCCUCUAAGUGAUAUGAGAUGUAAAACUGAUAAGAAACCCUUUAGUUGCUCUGAGUGUGGUAAAAUAUAUAGUUAUAAGAGCGAUCUUACUGUACAUAUUAGAACUCAUACAGGAGAGAAACCAUUUUGUUGCACUCAGUGUGAUAAAAGAUAUUUCCAAAGUGGUCAUUUAAUUAAUCAUAUGAGAAUUCAUUCAGAAAAGAAACCCUUUAGUUGCGCCCAGUGUGGUGAGACAUUUAGACGAAAAGUCUUAUUAACUCGUCAUAAGUGGAGUCAUAUAGCCCCUAAGGUGAACCCUGUUAUAGUUCUUGCUCCACAGUGCGGCAUCUACACAAUCUUUAGCUCAUAAAAAAGAACGAGUUUUGCUAAGCUACCAAAACAAAGUUUGUCGCUGAAAUUCCUGUUGAUUGUCGAUGCGUCUAUGUUAUAUAUAUAACUAGCUUCUUCAGAGCGUAAUAGGAUUUUGGUCGCAAGUGGUGGCACGGUUCGACACGUGAUUGUUCUACACCAAUGAGGCAAGAUGGCGGCUCACCAUGGUUAGAUUCAAUGUUUUUUUUCAUUCUUUCCUUAAAAUGUUCAUCUGCUGUCAUCUAUCAUUAGUCCAAAACAACUUUAUGAUUUAUGGCAUGAUGAUUUCAGCUACCAGAGGAGAAAACGGCAGGGAAAUAUUCCAUAUGCCAAGUCAAGUGAGCUGACAUAGAGCGAGAAAAAGAAACAGAGAGAGAAAUGGAGGGCUUCAUCCAGUGCGUACAGGGAAAGGACAAAUAUGGGAAACGCUUUGCUAGACCUUACGCCGCCAUCAAUGGAGAAAAUUCCACUAGAACUGGUUGAUGUGGAUGUAGUACAAGAGCAUCCAGAAAAUGCAGGUCAAGCUGUGGUAGACCCCAUACCCCUAAAUGAUGAAUUUAAUCCACCAGUGUCCUCAACACCAGAGAGAAAGCGAAGGAAGACAUCUUCAGCAGAGACGUAUGGCAAAAAGACUGCAGAAAGACAAUUGUAAAAUGAAAAAGCAGGUCUUACAUCUGAGGAAACAGAUGGCAGAAAUGAGAAAACGCAAUGUGAUUGUAACCUAUGAUGAGCUUCCAUAUGUAGGCCAGGUCCUUGAAGUUGUGGGAGAGGAAGUCCAGGUUAGCUCCAUGUGUCAGUCUGGUGAAAAUAACUUAUUUAUCUGGCCACAAACUCCAGAUGUAAUUUUCUAUGAUAAGCAAAAUGUCCAAGCUGUUAUUUCAGGUUAGCUCCAUGUGUCAGUAUGGUGAAAAUAACUUAUUUAUCUGGCCACAAACUCCAGAUGUAAUUUUCUAUGAUAAGCAAAAUGUCCAAGCUGUUAUUUCAGAACCUGAGCCAGCAACCUCACACUGCUCUAGGUUGGGCAUCCAAGAUUGGGCAAAGUUCAAAAAGGUCUGGGGUUAAAGAAAUGCCUGCAAUUUAAACCAAGUGCAUCACAUUUACAGGUCAAGUUAAAUGAAAUGUUUGUUCACAGCAAUGUGUGUUGCACUUAAAUGUUUGUGAGUUUUUGUUAAAGAAAAAUGUAUAUAUAAUGUU